AUGGCCCACCUCCCUACCUCGAUUGUGUUUCUCUUUGCUCUGUUCGUCGUUGCCGGAGCCCAAACAGCUAUCCAACAACAGCUUCUAAGUACAUUUAUCUACACUCUCCAUGGUGACCGAACGCCUCUCGUCCUGCCCACCUCGCCGAGUCUGACGCCGCUCGGUGCUGAACAGCUAUUCGCAGCUGGUGACAGUUUUCGUGAAAGAUAUGUUGCACCCAGUGAGAGCAACAGCUUCACAAUCCGUGGCAUUUCCGCCUAUCAGCUGGAGGACGAUCAAUUGACGGUGCUGUCGACCACUGAUCAAUUCGUAGCAGCGUCGGCGCAGGCUUUUUUACAGGGCUUAUACCCUCCUUUGCAAACGGAUUCGAACUCUGCUAACACCGCUCAAAAUGACACCACCAUGGUUGCUCCACUGCGUGGCUACCAAUAUGCCGAUAUCAUGACAGUAUCCAGUAAUGAUUUCAAUUCAAUAUGGCUCCGUGGUUCAAAAAGCUGCCCUGCGUACUUGGCUUCCUCCAGCGACUACUAUGAGACGGAAGCCUUCGAGACUCUUCAGAACAGCACGGAAGACUUCUAUAGAAGCAUCCAGCCCGAUUUUCUUGAUGGAAUCCUGUCAGAUGCUUCAGUCGGCUAUUUCAAUGCGUAUCAGAUUUACGACUAUCUGAAUUACGUCUCCAUCCAUAACACCUCUGCAUCAGGGCUGUUAGCUCCUGAAGUACUGGCAAAAGCAAAGAUCCUUGCCGACGACCUGGUCUUCGCAUUGAAUACAGACAUAUCGCCCUCGGGUUCUUCCUUCGACGACUAUAUUCGAACAAUAGCAGGCAGGACGUUGGCCGCUCGCAUCACACAGGCGUUCUCUGCCACCAUUAACACUCAGGGCGCCUCGGACAAAAUGACACUGGUCUUCGGCAGUUACGAACCCGUGGUGGCAUUGGCGGCUCUAGCCGGCCUUGUUGUCCCCCAGCAUUCGGCCUUCUACAAUGUCCCUGCUCCAGGCGCAAGUUAUGUUUUUGAGCUGAUCUCCAUGCAAGGCAACGAUACUGAUGCGUAUCCCGAAGUAUCAGACCUGUUUGUCAGGUUUCUCUACAAAAAUGGGACCGGCUCUGAUUCGUCUCUGGUCCCGUAUCCUCUAUUUGGCCUCAGUCCAAGUCAAACCCUGAUAUCGUUUGCGGAUUUCGUUGCUGGUCUGGACCGCUUCUCCGUAUCCAACGUUCAGGACUGGUGCACGGCAUGUAAUAGCUUCAGUGUAUUUUGUCCAGCAUUUGCUACAACGAACGGCAGCUUGGACUAUACGGGAUCUGGUUCUCCUUACGGGAAAAGACUGUCGCCCGUCAUUGGGGGUGUGAUUGGAGCGGUUGUGACACUCGCGGCGACUGCUUUAAUAUAUGGUGCUGCAAUGCUCUUCGGUGGUGUAAGGAUGCACCGGGUUCGCGACAAGCGCAGGUCCGCUCUGGGAGGUUUCAAGGGGGCCGAGAAGCUUGCCAGUGACCCGGACCUCUCCGUGGCCAAAGGUAGUGCCGGCGCAGUGGUCAUCGCCAGCCAAGGCCCUGCUGGUACGGGUGGCCAUGAACGAACUGGAAGCUGGGAAAUGAAGGACCAAGGCAAAGCAGUAGAAGCGCAACGUCAAGCGCUCGGGGCCGGCGCUCCUUCACCUCGAUCUCCAAGCUAUGAAGACGACGAUAUGCCAAUCGAACCCCACGCCUUUCCAGUACAGCCACGGAGCCAUGUAUGA